UUUGUCUAAUUCCACCCGCACCAGCUCCGUUCACUCUAUUUUAAACCGGUUCUUACUGUGCUUCAAGUUUAUAAAACACAAUCAGUGCUCCCUGGUCAAAGCAGCCCUAACCCGUGGAGCAGGCGAGGAGCGGCAGAGCAGCAUCUCCUGCAGGACGCUCUAGCUCGGCCGAAAAGCCCACAGAGCCCAUUUGGUGCCUGCUCCUCUCCCUGAGCCCCCAAAGUGGAGCAGCCAGAACCUGGCACGGUCCCUGCAGGCUCGGUGAUGAAUGGUGUGACCAAGCAGGAGCGCUCGGAGCACAGAACUGCCCAUGAGGAGGAAAAGGCAGCCAAGGAAAAACCUGCCAGUGACCUGAGGGAUGGCACCAAGCUCCAGCCCCCGCCCUUCGCCGAGCGCAAGAACGUUUUACAGCUCCGGCUCCAGCAGAGAAGGACCCGUGAGCAGCUGGCAGACCAAGGCAUCAUGCCACCACUGAAAAGCCCAUCUGCAUUCCAUGAACAGCGAAAAAGUCUGGAGAGAGCCAAGACUGAAGAUUAUCUCAAGCACAAGAUCAGAAGCAGGCCUGAGCGCUCAGACCUGGUCAAUAUGCACAUUCUGCAAGACUCAGCUGCAGAGGGAUCCAUCCAGUCCACUCAAAUGAAGCUGAAAAGAGCCCGGCUGGCAGAUGAUCUCAACGAGAAGAUCGCGCUCAGGCCGGGUCCUUUGGAGCUGGUGGAGAAGAAUAUUAUUCCUGUGGACUCAGCUGUGAAAGAGGCCAUAAAAGGCUCCCAGGGCGGCUUUCCCCGGCAGAGCGACGCCUUCGCCUUCGAGGAGGACAGCAGCAACGACGGGCUGUCCCCGGAGCGGCCCCGCAGCCGCGGCUCCCCGGGCCCCGCCGAGCCGCCCCCCGGCUCCAAGGCUCCGGAGCCGCCCUCCGCCGGCCCUGCCGGGGCUCCUCAGGAUCGUCCCCCCAGUGCCGAUGGGCACGCUCCGGACGCUGCCCCAGGGCAGGGCAGCCAGUGUGACAGCCCCAAGCAGCCCGCAGGGCAGGAGAGCCCGACGCUCCCGGUGCCCUCUGCCGUGAAGUCCAAAUCAUCCAGUGACAACAAGAACCGUCACAAAAAGCCCAAGGACACCAAGCCCAAAGUGAAGAAGCUCAAGUACCACCAGUACAUCCCUCCAGACCAGAAAGCAGAGAAGUCCCCUCCACCCAUGGAUUCUGCAUAUGCCAGACUGCUCCAGCAGCAGCAGCUCUUCCUGCAGCUCCAGAUCCUCAGCCAGCAGCAGCAGCAGCAGCAGCAUUUCAGCUAUCCUGGGAUGCACCAAGGACAGCUGAAGCAAUCAAAUGAGCAAAUGGUCAAAAGCUCAAAUCCUUCAUCAACUUCUGGCAACAACACCCCUCUUUCUCCAGUGAAAACCACCUUUUCAGGCCAGACUUGUGUCUCAUCUAUCAAGCCAGGCCCUCUGCCAUCCAACCUGGAUGAUCUCAAAGUGUCAGAGCUGAGGCAGCAACUCCGAAUCCGAGGCCUGCCCGUGUCGGGCACCAAAACGGCUCUGAUGGAGCGGCUGCGGCCCUUCCAGGAGUGCAGCAGCAGCACGGUGCCCAGCUUCAGUGAGAUCACCACCGUCACCUUCCCCGUCACUCCAACAAGCACCCUGUCCAGCUACCAGUCACAGUCCUCCACCAGCAUGUUAUCAAACGGCUUCUACCACUUCGGCAGCACCAGCUCCACCCCGCCCAUCUCGCCCGCCUCCUCCGACCUCUCUGUGAGCGGCUCUCUGCCCGACACCUUCAACGACGGGCCCAUGGCUUCUCCACAGUUUGGCCUCCAGCCAUCACCAGUUCAGGGCAGCGCUGAGGAAAGCCUCAUGAGCAGCAUGAACGGAGGGAGCAUCCAGCUGGAACUGGAAGGGAUAGACACAGAGAAAGACAAGAUGCUGGUGGAGAAGCAGAAGGUGAUCAAUGAACUGACGUGGAAGCUGCAGCAGGAGCAGAGGCAGGUGGAAGAGCUGCGGAUGCAGCUCCAGAAGCGGAAGAGAAGCAAUGGCCUUGAGGAGAAGCAGCAGCCUGCUCAGCAUUUCUUUGGUGUCCCCAUCAAGCAGGAAAACACCGUGUCCAGCUGUCCUUUUGCAUCCAAACAAAUGGCCCUGAAAGGCCAGGCCGGCAGCUCGGAGAAGCUGAGUAACUGUGGGGUACCGCAGGUGCCCCACAUUGUGAACAGCCACUGCUUGGAGCCCGCAGGGCAGAGCACCAUCACCUCCUCGACAUUCCUGAGCCCGCAGUGCUCCCCGCAGCACUCUCCCCUGGGGGCUGCAAAGAGCCCCCAGCACAUCAGCCUGCCACCGUCCCCCAACAGCCACUACCUGCUCCCGGUGUCCCCCGAGGGCCGCAGCGGGUCCCCCCCGGGCAGCAGCUGCCUCCGCACAGCCCCGAUGGCUGUGCAGUCAGGCCAAAAGUUUUCUAUUUCAUCCCCAAGUUUUUGUAAGUCAAGCCCAGCCCUGUCAGAGGUAAAGCAGCCUCCACCCUAUGAGGAUGCAGUGAAGCAGCAGAUGACACGAAGUCAGCAGAUGGAUGAGCUCCUGGACGUGCUGAUUGAGAGUGGAGAAAUCCCGGCCAAUGCCAAGGAAGAUCAGUCCUGCCUGCAGAAGGUCCCUCAGAUCAUGGUGUCUGCGGGGAGCUCGGGUGGCCCCGUCCCCAAGGGCUCUGCCCCGUUUGAGCCGGUGCCCUCGGCCCCGCUGCCCUUCGAGCACUGCCCGGGCAGCAGCGACGCCCACCUGGAGGUGCUGCUCAACAGCCCCCUGGGCAGGGUCAGCGAGAUGGCCCUGCUGAAGCUGGGGGGAGAGGAGCCCCCCUUCGAGGGGAUGAUGGAGGGCUUCUCUGGCAAGGCCGCCGAUGAACUCCUCAACUCCCAGGAGAUUUUACAGACUCCCUUGUCGCCCAUGGACACCCAGCUGUCCCCCUCCCCUGCCGAAGGCUCUGCUUUACAAAUGAGUUUCACUGAGUCUCCGUGGGAAACAAUGGAGUGGCUGGACCUGACCCCCCCCAGCUCUGCCACUGGCUUCAGCUCGCUCACCCCCGCGGGCCCCAGCAUCUUCAACAUCGACUUCCUGGAUGUUGCUGACCUCAACCUGAACACCAGCAUGGAUCUGCACCUGCAGCAGUGGUGAGGGGACGUGCUGGGACAGAGUGUUGUGAGCCUGCAGCAGGCAGCACAGCGCUCCUGUUGUGCCACAGAACAUGCAGAGCUAACCUGCCUCAUCCAGGGGAAACUGGAGUCAUUUUCCCAGCAUAUAGACUUGUUUGAAUUUCCAGUCACUGAAAAUUGACAGCACAACUCUGGUACUUUGGUUUUCCUCCAUUGACACAACCCCACAGAGGACACAAGUGCCUGAAACAACACUUCCUUUUAUUGACAAGAACUUCCAUUUUCUUUCUUCAAUCUUCCCCCCCCCCCAGUUUUACCAGUCACUCUUGUGAGAACUGGAGCAGCUCAUGACAAGACUGUAUGGUGAGGUGACCUCACCUGGGUGGCAACAGGAAAUCAUGGAGAGGGAAACCCACUGUUGGCCUCUCCUCUCCUCUCCUCUCCUCUCCUCUCCUCUCCUCUCCUCUCCUCUCCU